UGGAUUCUCUAUCUAUCUUUUUUUAGCUCAAAUUUGGUGCUGUUAGAGAACGGGUAUUCUCUCGAAUACGACGCCCUGUGAUUGGAAGUAACGACUUGUGUCAGUAAAACAAAGGUGGGAGGCAUGAAAAUGAACCUCUCUGAUAGGCAACGGGAAGAAAUAAACCGUGCUGUUGCCGACUACUUACAGAACUGCGGUUACUUGGAAUCAUUACAAAUUUUCAAGCAAGAAGCUAGUUUAAGCGAAAAUGAUCACAAAACAAUGAGCGGAAUGCUUGAAAAGAAGUGGACGUCAGUACUGCGACUACAAAAAAAGGUGAACGAUCUCGAAGCAAAGCUAGCGGAAGCAGAAAAAGAAAUAAGUCAUGGAGCGCCGUCUAGAGAGAAGCGACAACCUGCAGAGUGGAUUCCGCGUCCUCCAGAACGCUUCGCUUUAACUGGUCAUCGAGCACCAAUCACUCGUGUGGUGUUCCAUCCGGUAUGGAGCGUAAUGGCUAGCUGCAGUGAGGAUUCCACAAUUAAAAUAUGGGACUACGAAACUGGAGAGUUUGAACGCUCUCUGAAAGGGCAUACAGAUUCAGUACAGGAUAUUGCUUUUGAUAAGGCUGGAAAGAUGCUUGUGUCUUGCUCGGCUGAUAUGUCAAUAAAAGUCUGGGAAUUUGGAGGAUCAUAUGCAUGUGUAAAGACAUUGAAAGGACAUGACCACAACAUAUCGUCAGUGUGUUUCCUGCCAUCGGGUGAUGCUAUUUUAUCCGCAAGCAGAGAUCACACUAUCAAACUAUGGGAGGUUGCUUCCGGUUAUUGUGUACACACAUUCCGAGGACAUUCCGAAUGGGUACGAAUGGUACGAGUCUCACCCGAUGGUGCACUUUUUGCAUCGGCCAGCAAUGAUCAGUCCAUAAUUGUAUGGGCACUACAGUCAAAAAGUGUCAAAGCCACUCUACGCGAGCACGAACAUGUCGUCGAAUGCGUGGAAUGGGCUCCGGAUUCUGCACUAGCACCCAUCAGGACUGAGGCGGGUCAUAAAGCAAAUGGUGAUCUUGGCGCUGGGCCAACGCACGUCGUUGUGAGCGGUUCGAGGGAUAAAACGAUCAAGGUCUGGGAUGCGCUGUCAGGCACAGUGCUAUUUUCGUUGAUCGGACAUGAUAAUUGGGUUCGCGGAUUACGUUUUCAUCCACGUGGUAAAUUCUUGGUAUCGGUGGCAGAUGAUAAAACACUACGAGUUUGGGAUCUGGCGCAACGACGCUGCGCUAAGACUAUCGAUGCACAUCAACAUUUCGUUACAAGUGUUGAUUUCCACCCUACUGCACCGUAUGUGAUUACCUCAAGCGUCGAUCUGUCAUGUAAGUACCUAAUUCUUUACUGGCUUUGCUUUUGUGGCUCUUUCCAAUGCUCCCAAGAAAAAAAUUACGGCUACGAAUUUUCACACGCUGGUCGUGGUUCAUUUCUGACUGGCGCCGAGAAUAACUGCCACUCUAAGUUGCCCGCACAAAACAGUCAAUUGGUGAAGGCGCUUAUUCACCGGCUUAUUGUGUGA